ACGAAUGAAAGAUGAAAUUCGAGAGUACAAGUUUCGAGAGGCAAGACUCCUACAGGACUACACUGAGCUUGAAGAAGAAAACAUCACCUUGCAGAAACUGGUGUCCACACUGAAACAGAAUCAAGUUGAAUAUGAAGGCUUAAAGCAUGAGAUUAAACGAUUUGAGGAGGAGACAGUGUUGCUUAAUAGUCAGCUAGAAGAUGCCAUCCGGCUGAAGGAGAUUGCUGAGCAUCAGCUGGAGGAAGCUCUGGAAACUUUAAAAAAUGAAAGAGAGCAAAAGAACAACCUGAGGAAGGAACUCUCCCAGUAUAUCAACCUCAAUGAUAGUAUGUAUAAUAACCACAUUAAUAUAUCAGUAGAUGGAUUGAAGUUUGCAGAGGAUGGGGGCGAGCCCAACAAUGAUGACAAAAUGAACGGACAUGUCCAUGGACCUCUUGUGAAACUCAACGGUGACUACCGAACUCCCACGGGUAGGAAAGGAGAAUCUCUGCACCCUGUCUCUGACCUCUUCAGUGAGCUCAACAUAUCAGAAAUACAGAAACUGAAGCAGCAACUCAUGCAGGUGGAGAGAGAGAAGGCCAUUCUCCUGGCCAACCUGCAGGAGUCCCAAACGCAGCUGGAGCAUACCAAGGGAGCCCUGACCGAGCAACAUGAGCGAGUCCACAGGCUCACGGAGCACGUCAAUGCCAUGAGGGGACUGCAAAGCAGCAAGGAGCUGAAAGCUGAGCUUGACUGUGAGAAGGGCCGAGACCCCAGUGAGGAAGCACAUGACUAUGAAGUGGACAUCAAUGGCUUGGAGAUCCUAGAAUGUAAAUACAAAGUAGCUGUUACUGAGGUGAUAGACCUUAAAGCAGAAAUCAAAGCCUUAAAGGAGAAAUAUAAUAAGUAUGUGGAAAACUACACUGAAGAGAAGGCCAAGUACGAGAGCAGAAUCCAGACAUAUGACGAGCAGGUGACAAGCCUUGAGAAGUCAACCAAGGAAAGCCAGGAAAAAAUGAUCCACAUAGAAAAGGAAUUGCAAAGGAUGACAAGCAUAGCAAAUGAAAACCAUAAUACCCUCAACACCGCCCAGGACGAGCUGGUGACAUUUAGUGAGGAACUGGCUCAGCUCUACCAUCAUGUCUGCCUGUGCAACAAUGAGACACCAAACAGGGUCAUGUUGGACUAUUACAGGCAAAGCAGAGUCACCCGCAGUGGAAGCCUGAAAGGACCAGACGACCCUCGAGGUCUCCUUUCCCCGCGGCUUGCCAGAAGGGGGGUGGCAUCACCCGUAGAAGCCAGGACCCCGACCGAGCAGGUGACAAAAGAGGCCACGGAACCUGGCAAGGAACAGAGCCCGACAAAAACACCUAGCAUUUCUCCCGUCAUCACAGCCCCUCCUUCAUCCCCUGUCUCUGAUACUAGUGAUAUUCGCAAAGAGCCGAUGAACAUCUACAACCUCAAUGCCAUAAUAAGGGACCAAAUCAAGCACUUGCAGAAGGCUGUCGAUCGGUCGCUGCAGCUGUCACGCCAGCGUGCUGCAGCUCGGGAGCUGGCACCCAUGAUCGAUAAAGACAAGGAGGCCUUAAUGGAAGAGAUACUGAAACUGAAAUCACUCCUGAGUACAAAGCGGGAGCAGAUCGCAACCCUGAGAGCAGUGCUGAAAGCCAACAAGCAGACAGCUGAAGUGGCACUAGCCAAUUUGAAGAAUAAAUACGAAAAUGAAAAAGCAAUGGUGACUGAAACCAUGACCAAACUACGGAAUGAAUUAAAGGCUUUGAAGGAAGAUGCAGCAACCUUCUCAUCCUUGAGAGCAAUGUUUGCAACGAGGUGUGAUGAGUACGUCACACAGCUGGAUGAGAUGCAGAGGCAGCUAGCAGCUGCGGAGGAUGAGAAGAAGACCCUAAACUCUCUGUUGCGCAUGGCUAUCCAGCAAAAACUUGCCCUUACCCAGCGACUGGAGGAUUUAGAGUUUGACCAUGAGCAGUCCCGACGCAGCAAAGGCAAGCUUGGAAAGAGCAAGAUCGGCAGCCCUAAAAUUGUCAGCAGCCUGCUGCCUCCAUACCGCCACACGGCUCACAACUAGCCAGGGGGCCAGAUUGCCAGACUGUCAGUCCUAAUGCUCUUCCAGAAGAGCAGCCACAUUCCAGCUCCCAGUGUGCCCCUCUCAACUGUCUCUCUAAGCCUCCUCCUUACCCCUAAUCUUCAUAUGCAACGUAAGAGAAAACGCAAACAGAGUGGAGUUCAUGCAACAAAGGUUGGGGUUGUUCCCAGCAAGGGGCUAGACAAUCCUGCCUUGUUGCUGCAUUGACAAAUCUGGAUUCAUAUCCCCUGCUCUGGCGACUGAGGGAAGGUUGAGAAGAAGAACAUAAAGCACAGAGUCCAACCUAUCAAGAAGACUUUUUAUGGUUCCUCUGAUUGUAUUCAAACUUUGCUAUCACAACUAAAGUGUAGUGAAAUUCAACAUCUUGACAAAAACGUUCCUCUCAGCUGCUUGGCUUUACCUCUGAAAUAAUGAGAGACUUAAGCCAAUACUAAAAAUAGUAUGUUACAAAAAUCCUACCCUCACAUCCUCUAAGUUCAGCCAUAGGAACCAGUUCAAAUUUCCUUUUGUCAUUAAGGGUGUGAUAUUUAUUUCUUACUUUAUUUGCACCAGAAUUUUUUGUUUAUAAAAUAACAGUCUUUUUUUUUUUUUUUUGUGAGAGUUGUAUUUAAUUGAUUUUAUUUUUUAAAAACAAGCAGAAAUAGCUGAAGUGAAGAAUGACUGUGUUAAAAAGAGGCUUGUUGCAUUGGCCAGCAUAUGGCCAAUUUUUAUUGCACAAAAAUGUUGGAAAGGGGUUGAAUUGGAAUGUUAACAAUGACUGUAUAUUUUGCUGCUGCACUGAUAUUGUUUAUGCACUUGGUUUUUUAAUUCCUAU